UGGUCUCCUAAAAGCUAUAAAUAUAUGUACAAAUUAACCCUCUUCUUCACCCACCAUUGGAAUAUUAACAGGGAGAGAAGAAGAGAUGAAACAUGGAAAAAGACACAGAGCUGAGAUCGCAAGAAGCUUACCUCAAUGGGAACGCAAGUUUUUGUGUUACAAGGCAUUAAAGAAGAAACUGAAACUGAGACAAGACAUGGGCUUCAGACACUCAUUAGGCAGGGAACUCGAUAAGGUCAAUGACUUUUUCAUUGACAAAGAGGAAGAUUAUAUCAUCCUCUUCAGGGAGCUUGAAAGCAAGGCUGAAAACAUAAAUGGCCAUGAAGAAAUGUUGGAAUUGCUCAAGGAAAUUUUGGCUUUUCAUUCAGAGAUGGUGAUGCUACUCCAUUACAGCGUCAUUAACUUUGCAGGUAAUACACCCUAUUUUUUAAUCAUGAUUUACAUUCGAAUCUUUGCACUUGCAACCAUUUUUUCAAGCUGUGAAACAAAACAGGGUUGA